AAUCAUUUGUGACAGUGCCAUCGAACGGGAAAAAUACCAACUCCGUUGCUGUUUAUAACUAUUCCAGUGUGCGAAUAUCAAUCGUCUACCUCCUGUAGAUACUAAAAUACUGUUCACACUUUAAUAUUAUUCACCACACUACCAUGAGCCGACAAAAGGUCGUUGUCGUUCUAUUAUUGAAUGUAUAUAUUUUAACAUCAUUCGCCUAUGCUCAAUAUGGCAGUAAUUUUGGCGAUAGCAUCCCCGGAUACGGUGGUACAGGUAUCAGUGUAUCAUCAGGAGAUUAUGGAUAUAAAGGCCAAAAUUCCGUCGGAGGACCUAGUGGAUCAGAUGGAAAUUCAGAACCUGAGCCGUUCAACUUUGCUUACCAAGUAAAAGAUGCACCCACCAAUACAGACUUCAAGCACGAAGCCAACAGUGACGGCAAACGAGUGACUGGAGCGUACAGCGUACUUCUUCCGGACGGUCGUAAUCAAGUAGUGACAUAUGUAGCCGACGAAAAUGGUUACAACGCCAAGGUCAGCUAUGAAGGAGAAGCUAAACCACAACCACGUCCACCAGGCAUCCAAGGAGGUUAUCUGACAGCGCAGGGUUUCCCUGCUACUGCUCUUAAAUAUCCUCUUCCUGCAUAUGGUUCUGCUCCUAGUCCCGCUGAUUAUCCCGGAUCUGCUUAUUCUGCUCCCGUCUCUGGUUAUUCUGGUUUCUACGGUGGAUCUCCUCCGGCACCAAGUUAUCUCGUCCAAAUUCCGACUUUCAAAAACGGUGUUAAGGGAUCUUCUCGACCCAAAAUCGGGGAUUUUGAUUUCGAUUAAUAACGUUUCUUUAAUUGAUUAAUUUUAAUAUUUUAAGCAAUUUUUUGCGCUUGUAAUUAAAUAUGUAUAAUUUUUUUUUUCAAAAACAGUCAAAAUAAGAUAUAAAGUAGUCGCCGAAUUAUAAUAAAUAAAUAUUUAAUAUUUCGUAGAACAAAAUCUUCAUAAAUGCAAACCGUAUAUUUCGACUUAUAAUAGUUACAAUUUAAAUUAUUUUAUAACUAGGUAAUAAAAAUAUUGUUUUUUUAUAAAA